UGCAACAUUAAGUGUAUCUUCACUUUCCAUGUCUGUUUCUAGUCUACGAAACAAUGAACUUUGGCAAGAAUACUAGAGGCUUUAAAAAAGGUUACAUCUGUCUUAGUCUACCUUUUGUAAAUUACAUGGAUGCAACAAUCCAACAACUACUAUGAAGAAAAGAGACCAUCGACUAUGAGGGUUGUGUGAGCCCUUGGAUUCACACAAGUGUGCAUCUAAAUACCGUGGAUUUUGACAUAUGGUGUCAACAUUAGUUUUCACACAUGUACAUACCGAAUAAGCAAUAAAUAACAGGAGUUGUUUAUGGACAAACCUGCUUUGACAUCAUGCUGGAUGCAAGUUGACAGCGACUCAAACAAGCUCUCUAUUGUUAUUUGUAUGGGUAUAAAUAUCCCGUGCGCCUCUAGCUCAAUGUGCUUAUUUAUACUUUUCUGACUGUACUUUGGCAUUACAUCCCAGAGUGCGGAUAUAAUCUAAAACAUGUAUACGAGUUUUGCUUUUAGUUUCAUGCCUUACAAAACCAUUUUAUCUCCUAGAGCUAGCAUCACAACACAAGAUAAUAAAAAUGCUAAAGAUUAUCGUACAAAAGUUUCUCGUAAUCCAACAUUGGAGAAGCUUCAGUAUAACUAUCUAUUCCCUGAGAUAUCUGAGAGGGAAGCUCAACAUGCUAAGAAGUAUCCUAAUGCAAAGAUCAUCAGCCUUGGGAUUGGUGACACUACUGAGCCAUUACCAGAUGUUGUAGCUUCGAGCAUGGCUAAUUAUGCAUACAGCCUUUCAACACGUACAGGUUACAGAGGAUAUGGAGCUGAGCAAGGGAGCAAGGAUCUAAGAGAAGCCAUUGCAGAGACAUUUUACAAAGACAUGGGUAUACAAGGUGCUGAAGUAUUUGUAUCCGAUGGUGCACAAUGUGAUAUUUCUCGCCUGCAGAUGCUCUUUGGAUCAAACAUGUCCAUUGCCGUUCAAGAUCCAAUUUUUCCGGCAUAUAUAGAUUCAAGCGUCAUAAUUGGGCAGACGGGCGAUGUUGAGCAAGGAUCAGGAAGGUAUCAGAAUAUUGAGUACAUGAGAUGUGAUCCCCACAACAAUUUCUUCCCCAAUCUCUCAAAAACUGCGCGAACGGACAUCAUCUUCUUCUGCUCCCCAAACAACCCCACAGGCCACGCAGCAUCGUGGGAGCAGCUAGAACAGCUCGUUAAAUUAGCUCAAGAGAAUGGAUCGAUCAUUGUAUACGAUUCAGCUUAUGCUGUGUAUAUCACAGACGGCAGUCCUCGUUCAAUCUACGAAAUUCCUGGAGCCAAAAAGGUUGCCAUAGAAGUUUCAUCAUUCUCCAAGAUAGCCGGAUUCACAGGUGUUCGUCUUGGCUGGACCGUCGUGCCUAAGGAGCUGCUAUAUUCCAAUGGUUUCCCUGUCAUCAACGACUUCAAUCGUAUUAUCUGCACAUGCUUCAACGGAGCUUCGAGGAUAGCUCAGGCUGGUGGCCUAGCUAGCUUAUCCAGUGAAGGAUUCAAGGCUGUUAUGUCGCUGGUGGACUACUACAAGUCAAAUGCAGAGAUACUGCUGGAGACGUUCGAAUCGCUCGGACUCAAGGCGUAUGGAGGCGUAAAUGCGCCGUAUCUUUGGGUGCACUUCCCUGGCUCAAAUUCAUGGGAUGUGUUCAACGAAAUUCUUGAGAAAACACACAUUAUAACAGUUCCUGGGAGUGGAUUUGGCCCAGCAGGGAAGGAGUAUAUCAGGGUCACUGCUUUUGGUCACAGAGAGAACAUUCUCGAAGCUGCAGACAGGCUGAGGAGCCUUCUUCUCUAGUGCACACGCCCAAAAUAGAACAUCAAUAAAGCACUGCUUUUGUGUUUGUUAUCUUUUGCAUUCACUAUGUAACACAAUCUUGGAAUAAGGGACUGGAAAUAAGGAUGCAAUGUAUAACAGUUAUCUCAAUAAAAAUGGAAUCUUGAUGUUCUUGGAA